CCCGCGCGCUCAAUCGGCCAGCGCUGCUCCUGUCAUCCAGAGAACUGAAGCUGAGUCGCCACCGAAGCUGCGCGGAACCGAGCAGCGAUCCACGCGGACGACGACACGGGCACGCGGCUACAGCAGACGCACAGAAGGGGUUCCUUCGCGGUUUUUAUUUUCAUUUUGGACCAGCCAGGAUGGCGCUGAACAGGAGCGAGGAUGAGAUGAUGAUGACGCUGAAACAUGAACAGAUCCAACAGCUGGAGAAGAACUUCUUAAAUUUCUCCAAAAACCCCGACGAGCUGCAGAUCAUCCUGAUCGCGAGUGAAUGUGGACUUUCAGUGGAGGAAACAGAGAAAUGGUUCAAGUGGCGAAAUGCGUACUGGAGGAAGGCGGAGGGUCUUCCAGCUGAGGCGGGAUCCGUGCUGGAUUAAAACCUUGUCCACCCCGCCUUGCAGACCGUGGUCCUGCUGGCUGGCUGCCCCCCCCCCCAGCUUCAUGGAGGAAGAUACUACCUUUUGUUGCAGAAUGUAAAAAUGCUUUUGUGUUGAUGGAAAUAUAACUGCUGUGCUCACAGAAAUAAACCCGUUGUUAGAUGA